GAAGGCUUAAAAAAUGUUAUUAGGUUUCAUAAAUCUGUUCUAGGUUGUUUUGAUGAACUUGUCCAGCUUAUGAAAGCUGGUAUUUCAACUGAAGAUGAUUUGCCUCAAGAUAAUUCAGAAAUCACAGGUUCUAAAAAAAAAAAUCUUGCCCGACAUUUUUUGUGUGAUUUGUCUGAUGUUAAUGCAAAAAUUCCGCUGAUUUGUGGCAUGGAGCAACAAAAUGAAGAACACGAAGAAGAUGAUGGAAGUCUGCUAGAUUAUCCGGUUUUUGAACUUAAAAGUGUGCAGAAAAGACCAAUUAAAAUGUCUUCGAAUAUUAUUAAACCGAGUGUAAAGGCGAAAGACUUAUCAGUUGUGGAUUUCACUUCUAUACCACAUAUUGCCAGUGAAAAAGUGUACAGCAUUACUCAAGAUCUUUUGGUAAAAACUAAAACUUCAAGAAGGAGUUAUCAAAAAGAUGACAGUGCAGACGAAGAGACGAUAAAACCUCUUUUUAAAAAAAAACGAAAUGAUACGGAAAACGAAAUCAUUGAAAAUGAUACGGAAGAAAUAGCAACAACUUCUGGCAACCACUCUCAAAUUGUUACAAAAACAAUCAAAACCAAUGCAAAAGUUGGUCGUCCAAAAUCAGCAGCAAAUGAGUGCUAUCCACUCGGAAAUGCUCAAUUUCAGCAUAAACUUUUUAUGCAUUUAAAUGAUCACAAAGAACGUUUAAAAAACAUUGAAAAAAGUCAAAAAAGGAUUUUAGAGUUCAUAUCAAAUAAGGACAAUGAAGAUGGAAAUAAUGAGAUUAUCAAAGCUGAAACAAUUGACCAGCUUAAAGAAAUUAAUUCAAAAUUAAUUAUUGACGCCUUAUAUAAGAGUAAAAUGAAGAAGGUAUUAGAAGUCGUUGGUCUAACAUGUAGCAAUGCACGUCAACAUAUAAAUGGUGCAAUAAACACUGUAAUGUCAGUUAACAUUCAAACAAAAGUUAAUGUUUUGUAUGGAAACCAUAUUCCAAAUAAAGAAUACUGCGAUCGCGUGUCUUUGCGCAGAGAACUACCAAACAUUUUUCAAAUUCUUGUUGAUGUUGUCAGCAAAACAUGGAGUGUGUCUGUUAAAGAAUUGCAGAAAUUUAUGUCCGAAUGGUUGAAGAAUGCGCCGAAAAGAGCUUCAAAAGAAAGUUUCGCAUGAUAUAGAUACUUUGAGUUGCUGUAUCUUCGUAAUAGCAUCAAUAACUAUUUUUAAUUAGUUUUUAAACUUUAUUUUUUUUUAUAAUUGUAAAUUUAUUUAAUCCUGUUAAUUUAUACA